CGCCGCCGGAAGGGGCGACCCCGCGGCGCGCGGUGGGCGGGGUCUCUUUGCGAGCGGGCGGCGGCCAUGGCGGAGCCGCGGGUUCUGGUGAUCGACGGGCGCGGGCACCUCCUGGGCCGGCUGGCGGCGAUCGUGGCCAAGCAGGUGCUGCUGGGCCGCCGCGUGGUCGUGGUUCGCUGCGAGGGCAUCAACAUCUCCGGGAAUUUCUACCGCAACAAGCUGAAAUUCCUGGCGUUCCUGAGGAAGAGGAUGAACACCAACCCUUCCCGGGGCCCUUUCCACUUCCGAGCCCCCAGCAGGAUUUUCUGGCGCACGGUCAGAGGAAUGCUGCCCCACAAAACCAAGCGGGGCCAGGCGGCSCUGGAGCGGCUCAAGGUGUUCGAUGGGAUCCCCCCGCCCUACGACAAGCGGAAGCGGAUGGUGGUUCCAGCUGCCCUCAAAAUCAUCCGGCUCAAACCCACACGCAAGGUGAGUUCUGUGGGG